AUGACUCUGAGCGGUGUGGUGGACAAGGGUGACGAGACGCAGACUCGCUGGCGCCUGCGCAAGAUGAUGUGGCGCAUCGAAGAGCACCAAAAGAUUGUCUCCACUGCUUGUACGAAGCAUGCUCACAAGAUUGGCGGCGAGAACAAGGGGGUCCUCCACCAGGAGACCCGCAUCAUCGGCCACAAUGAAGAGAAGAGUGGCUGGAAGACCGACUUUGACACCGCCGGUGGUGAAAUCACCAUGCAAUUCGAUGCUAGCAUCAACCCUAGUACCAACCCCGUCUGCGACAUGGAGGCUCCCGGUGGCCUGGAGGUCAAGCACAACCUCGUCAUUGAGCUCAUUGUCGCCGAGGAGUUCUGCCCUAACCGCAACACCCGUCUCAUCACCCCCACCGGCGCUGCUCGUGUCCUGCGCAUGCAGUUCAACCUCCACGUCACGGAGCGCAGUGGCCUCGGUAUCAGCUGGGACGAGGAAAUGCCCCCUGUCUACGAGGCUGUCCCUGCCAGCCCUCCCGGCUACUUUAAGCUGGAUGAUGCUCGCAGCGUGAUGGAGGACUACCAGGGCUCCCCGCUCCCAUUGCCCGACUAUGAUGAGCUGGAGCGAAUGGAAUCUCUUCGUCUGGACAGCGACUCGACCCACUCCUCAACCAACUCUACAUCCAACAACCGCGGGCGCAUGCGUUUCACAGUGGAUGAUUUGGUCACUGAGCAAACCCCGCCUCCCUCUGAGCCUGCCUCUCGCGCUCCGUCGGUUGACUCUACCCGCCAAUAA